GGUAUACACAGUAUCUGGGCCCAAAACGCAAGGUGAUUUUGGCUAGUUUCAACUUCAUCGCUACUCCCUUGACACCACAGCGAAAUAGUUCGUCUCAGUUGAUCCAUGGCUAAUGAAGCUUCUUCGUCGACUUCACUUACCGUUGAUGAAGAAGAUGAGAUACUGAUGCUGUAUGGGUCUGAAUCUGGUUGGGUUGAUCCCCUAAGUCACUGUGAUCACCUGACUUCUUUAUCCUCCGAUCUCAUUCACAUUCCAACUCCAGACACUCCUUGCAACAGGUGUCAACACCCAGCAGAGAACUGGCUAUGUUUGUGCUGCAAGGAGGUUCUUUGCAGUCGAUUUGUUAAUAAGCACAUGCUCGAUCAUUACAAGCAGAGCAAUCACUCUAUUGCACUCAGCUUUAGUGAUCUAUCAGUAUGGUGUUUCUCCUGCAAUGCAUAUUUAGAUGCUCAAGCAAUAAUGCCGUUGCAGUCUGUUCAUUUCACUGCCUACGUACUAAAGUUUAAUGAACCUCCACCUUUACGAGCAGCGGAUUGUAUAGAAAUUACAGAUAACAGAGCAGAGGGUUCUACUUCUGGGAACUAAUCAUUCCCUCCUCUUUAAUGCUUGUGAUGUUAGGUUGUUCAAAGAUUUUCUUACUGAUUUCUCUUAUAGGAAAAUGGGUUAAGAGAGAAUUAAUUUUGGGAUCAUGGCAUCUUUAUCUUAGAUAUGGACGUUUUGAUAUGUAAGCGAAAUAGUUUGCUGAAUAGACGGAGCACCAAGAAGUUAGUGUCAGUAAGCAAAAGUUUCAGUUGAUACAUCUGAACUUUACAAAAGUGAUGGGUGUUGCUUUCCCUUCAAAACAUCUUUGAUUCCUUUUUAAACACCAAGACCAGAAAAAUGCAUCAGGAAUUAGUUCAUCGUA